AUGUUUCUUUUCAACCAAAGUCAUCAUGAUGAGCUAGUUUUUCAGAUCCCCUCUAUUCUCUAUGAAGAAAACACUGACAAUAAACAAGAUCUGAUCAUAACCAUGGACACGGGAAAGCGUUCAAUAUCGGAUCACAUUCAGGAAAGUGUGAAUUAUAUCAAACACAUAGAGAAUAACAUCAAAGAACUGAGUAUCAAGAGACAUAAGCUUAAAAAUAUGUCCAAUUCAAGAGUUCUUUUAGCGGCAAGUACAAGCUCAAACGAUUUUUUGCCCUAUAGUGUGACAGUCAGCCCAUGUCAGGUUGGUGUGGAGGUUCUGAUCACUGGUGGCUUCACUGAGGAAGUGUUUCCCCUAUCAAAAGUUCUUCAAGUACUUCUUCAUGAAGGACUUGAAGUUAUUAGCUAUGUUUCCACUGAAGCGAAUGAUAGGUUGUUUCACACAAUUAGAUCCGAGGGCAUUGACCCAAUAUGCAUUGAUCAAUCUACGCUACAACAAAAACUGACCGACAUGAUUAAUCGAGAGUUGAAUUCGAAGUAA